AUGUCGUAUGGCGAGUGUGAAUCUGUUACUUCCGCCAAACUUUGCUGGCAACAAUAUGCAUGGCUAGUGGCGCAACAACAACAAACACUGGCUGGAAGUUUUGGCGCCACGCAAAUAAAACCAGUUGGGGUUGACUCACCCCGCUGUUUCUUAUUUUUAGUUGCGCAGCGCAAAAACGACACCAAUCAGGUGUACGUCACCGAGUCGUGUCUGGAAAAGCCAUAUCGUUGCCCACAUCCCAAAAUACAAUUCUACCUCUAUACGCGCCGCACUCAACAGCAUCCCGAAUUCAUCGAUGUGCUGGGCGACAAUGCACUCUACUACACCCACUUCAAUCCUCGGCAUCCCACCAAAAUUAUAAUACACGGCUUCGGUGGCGGCCGCAACAAUAGCCCCAGCCCAGAUUUGCGUGAAGCCUACUUCACCAUAGGCGAUUAUAAUAUCAUCAUUGUAGAUUAUGCUGAUGCGGUGAAGGAGCCCUGCCUCAGUCAAAUGGAAUGGGCUCCACGCUUUGGCAGCCUAUGCAUCUCACAGUUGGUCAAGUAUUUGGCGCGUCAUCCGCGUGGCGUAAAGCCGGAUGAUUUGCAUUUGAUCGGUUACAGCGUGGGCGCGCAUAUUGCCGGACUUAUGGCGAACUAUUUGAAACCGAGCGAAGGUAAGUUGGGACGCAUCACCGCUUUGGAUCCGACGAUUUUCUUCUAUGCGGGCACAAAUAAUUCGCGUGAUUUGGAUUCGAGCGAUGCUAACUUUGUCGAUGUGCUGCACACUGGCGCCGGUAUUUUGGGUCAGUGGCACUCGAGUGGACAUGCGGACUUCUAUGUGAACGGUGGCACGCGGCAGCCGGCCUGCGUGGGUUCACCGACGCUAUUUCAAACGCUGGCCUGUGACCACACGAAGGUCACUCCUUACUUCAUUGAGUCGAUAACGACGACGCGUGGUUUCUAUGCUGGCCCUUGUCCGAAUCUUUUCACCUACCUGAUAGGUUGGUGUGAUCCAAAGGACUCGGAAUAUGUGCUGAUGGGUGAACACGUUUCGCAUGAGUAA